CUCAUGUUAACAUGUAGUGAAUCCUAUAAGGUGCAACUCUAAUGCUAACAUGUAGUGAAUACUAUAAGGUGCAACUCUAAUGCUAACAUGUGGUGAAUCCUAUAGGGUUCAAGCUCUCAUGUUUGCAGUGUGGUAGUCCUAUUACCAAUUUACAAUUAACUGCACUACAAUGUCCUACCAUUUUGCAGAUCACAGUGUAUCCUCCUAUAGGUAAGACUUUUACAUGAACUGUCAUGUUAGACUAGCAGGCACUGUGGUGUGAUAAGCAGAGCACAUAUUAGCAGUCUAGACAGCAGCCUUUCAGUUAUGUAGCAGGAUUACAGGUGAUUGAAGUACAUACUACAUAUAGGAUUACAUACAGUAUUACAUUGCAGAGAGGCUUCCUCCAGUUGAGUAGCAUAGUCCUACGUGUUAGGGGCACAGCUGAUGAGUCAGAGACGAGCUUUACUAUUACUAUAGGAUCUAGUACAGAGCACUAUGUAUAGUAUUGAUCCCUUUUUGUUGUCCUCUGUAUAUCUGGCAGCGAUUAUAAGUCUGAUGAUCUUACAGCAGCUCCAGUUAAGUAUAUAAGGCUUGACUAGCAAAGCAUUUAUCAUCCUUGUGUUUCCUUAUCCGGGGUCCAGGGGAGGGCUGGGAUUGGCCAGGUCGGUCACGUGGCCUGCUAACUUUGCACACUUGACAGGCAGUAGGAGGGUUUAGAGGAGAAGAGAAAAACGACAACGCGAGAAAAAUUAGUAUUUUUUUGUUGCACUUCCACAAAUUAAUGGCCAUGAGUUCGUUUUUGAUAAACUCCAACUACAUCGAGCCCAAAUUCCCACCCUGCGAGGAAUAUGCCCAAAAUAACUACUUGCACAACCAGUCUCCUGAAUACUACGAGCGGCCGAGGGAACCGGGCUUCGAGGCUCCUCCAGAGGCUCUCUACCAAGGUCCAAGUACCUACCAAGAAGCCACCUAUGGAUACAGCCACCUCACCCCAAACCAUGACGCUGGGGUCACCCAGGAUGGGCUCCCUGGCAAAGGACAAUCUCAGCAACUUCUCCAAAGCCACGUCCUCAGACAGCCACCCCAGCACUGUGAGCCUAUAGGAGUGUCCAAUGACAGCAUCCAUACUGAGAAAAACGCUGCUGCUUCUGCUGCCCUCAAAUGCAAAGAGCCCGUGGUCUAUCCUUGGAUGAAGAAAAUCCAUUGCAACAUAGUUAAUCCAAAUUACACUGGAGGGGAACCCAAAAGGUCUCGAACUGCCUACACCAGACAACAAGUAUUAGAGCUGGAAAAGGAGUUCCACUUUAACCGUUACCUGACCAGACGCCGGAGAAUAGAGAUAGCCCACACGUUAUGCCUAUCCGAACGUCAGGUCAAGAUCUGGUUCCAGAACAGGAGGAUGAAGUGGAAGAAAGACCACAAACUGCCCAACACUAAGAUGCGCUCAGCAAACUCAUCAGCCCCCAGCCAGCAGCCAAAAGUACAGGGUCAUCAUCAGCACACAGAUGGGUCAACAACCCCAUUACUAUAAGUCCUUACUUGUGCUGCUCCAGUGGCUGGUGGUAAUCCAUUUGGACCAAAUGACUAUGGGGGAAAAAAAUAAAUAUAACAACCCUACUUAUUCUUGCUGGAUACAAAAGUCCUUGACCAAGCCAGAACAGUAAAUACACAUUUACCAAGGAUUCCAAUGGAGACUUUUUUUUGUUGUUGUUCUAUUUAAGUAUUUGACUGUAUACUUAUAAAAUAGCUAUGGGGUAUAUGUGUAUAUUUGCAUAGUUCAGUGUCUACAUACGUAGCAAACUAUUUUAUAUACAAAAUACAAAUGCCACAGAUACAUUUAUGGGAUAGUAUGUGGUAUAAAGGUAUGGACCAUCCAUUGUAUUAUUACACAUAUACAUAUAGCUUGUGGGUAUUUAAGAAAGCCAAACGUUUUUAAAUAUUUUAUUUAAUGGCCUCCAAAGAUUGAGGAAAUAAAACUAGCAGGGUUUGUAAAUAGUUGCAGACAAAUAACAUUUCUGUUUUCCUGCUUAGAUCGUUGCUUGUGACCAGUGUGUGUUUGACACUUUCGUUGUUGUUAGCAUUACUCUAGAAGGCCUUUGAUCGCCUUGAAGGAGAGGAGAGGGUGUAGAUACAGUAUACGUACUAUAUAUAUUGUGGAUUGUUGUCCUGUAUUGUUGUGGUGCUAACCUCGAAGAUUCUUCUGUGAAAAUUAAAGUUUUCAAAAACAUCAA